AUGACUCAGUACAAGUUGACGUAUUUCAACGGACGAGGUUCUGCUGAGAUCAUUCGACAGUUGUUCGUCAUUGCUGAGAAAAAUUACGAAGACAUACGUCUAGGUGGAGAAGAAUGGCCGAAGCACAGAGCAGGAAUGCCGUUUGGACAAAUGCCUGUACUGGAUGUCAACGGGAAGAGGUUGGGCCAAUCAAAUGCGAUAGCACGCUACUUGGCUAAACAAUUUGAUGCUUGGGAAGAAGCAGUAGUUGAUUCGAUCGUCGACCAGUACAAAGAGUUCAGUACUGAAAUUCGGCCAUUUCUUCGAGUUUAUCUGGGAUUUGAAAAAGGCGAUCUUGAUGCCAUCACGAAAGAAGUGUUUCUGCCGAAUCGCGAGAAAUUCUUCACAUACAUGAAAAGGUUCCUCACUAGCAACAAAUCCGGAUAUCUUGUUGGAAACAAGCUAACCUGGGCUGAUCUGUAUUUGGCAGAAAUGGCCGAAUUCGAAAAGAAAGUACCGGAACUCUAUGAAGGGUUCCCUGAGGUUAAAGCUCAUUCUGAAAAAAUCCGAUCAAUUCCGACUCUAAAGAAAUGGAUUGAGACUCGUCCGGAAACCAAAUUCUGA